AUGAUCAGAAAACUUCUUCACGAGCACAUUAGUGACAUGGUACCAUCGGUGACCGUGACAACAGUCUUUGGCAUCCUGAUGUGCCUAGGUCUUCUCACCUUGACAUCUACAGCGUCAGCAGGUGUGCUUCCUGGUGUUCCAAAGCUGAAAGGAUACCCCAUACUUGGUACCAUACCCAUCUACUUCAGAGAUGGUAUGGCUCUGAUGCUGGAAGCACUGACCACUCUCGGUGACGAAGGUAUCGCUUAUGCCCAGGUCGGCAACAAGACCUUGGUGUCCGUCCACGAUCCUGCUAUGGCCAAGGAGGUUCUGGCCUUCACUGAUAAGAUUGCUUCGAGACUCGGCGAUCCCCGGGUGUUCAGCUGGUCACCUUUCUGGACUCUCAUUCGACUGCUUGACAACAACCUUUUCGAUGACGUCGGUCACGAAGCCAUGCGCCAGCGCGGCGUCUUCAUCAAAGAGUUCAACAAUCCAAUGUCGAAUAUUGGCAAGUUUGAUGAUGUUGUAAGGGUGGCGACCAAGCACGUCGAGUCUCUUACUAGAGAUGCUGACACAGCUGAGAUUCCCGAUAUCAGACAUGCAGCAGACAACUUCGCCGCGACGCUGUGGGGCGACACACUCUAUGGCAGGUCAGACGCUCUCACCGAUGGCCGAGUGAUGAAGGUGGCCGAUGAGAUCCUAAGACGGGCUGGCAGUCCUUGGCCUUCCGCUCUCUACUCCUUCAUGUUGACCUUGGGGCUCGUCGAGCCUGGCAAGCCCACACCAUCUGAAGCAAGGGUACGGGCCGAGAUUGAACAUCUUUAUGAGAAGAAUGUACAACACCUCGAGGAUUACGAACGCAACAAUCCCGAAUCGCCUAUGAAGACUAUACGCAGCCUCUCAGUGGCUGAUGGUGGAAAGCGGACUGGCCCCUUGACGAGGUUCGCAACGCAAUUUGCCAGACUUAACAUCUUCGGCGGCCAUCACAGCAUUGGAUCGAACAUCACAUGGACGUUGAUCGAGCUCCAAAAACGUCCAGAUGUACUUACAAAGCUCCUAGCGGAGAUCGCAUCCAUCGACGAGCUGGACUUCACAACAGUGACUAACAAGAUGCCCUAUCUUGACGCAAUAAUCAUGGAGAUUAAUCGCCUGUACCCAAGCGUGCCGGCGACACUACGUGUUAUCGAACGCGAGACCAGACUUGUGACAGCAAAGAAACCUGUCAUACUGAAACCAGGAAUGCUAAUUUAUCUCUCUUAUCUCCACAUGCACACUUCGCCGAAGUACUGGGGAGCUACGGCAGGGGAGUUUGAUCCGGAUCGCUUCCUUGGCGGAAUCGAUAAGAGCAAGCCUUUUAUGGCUUUUGGGUCGGGUACUCGUGAUUGUGUUGGGUAUAAGUUCGCUUUGCUGGCGGUCAAGACAUAUCUCAUCACGCUCCUGCAGAUGCACACCUUCAAGGUUGAAGAAAAUAACUGCACACCCAAGCUCGCCACGCUGCUUGAAACUUCAGGACCAGUCAAGGUCGAGUUCUACCGAAGGGCAUGA